AUGUGCAGCUUCAGAUGCGCUCUCUGGGUCACCAUCUACACCUAUGCUACCACGGCUAAGUCCUAUGGAAGCCUGUCGUCAAGCAACAAUCGUACAACACUCAUCAACUCGAUUAAUUCUAUCACUCAUGACAAUACGAAAGACAGACAGCUUUAUCAGGCGUUGACAUUGGAAGAGACCCAAGUGACGGCUUCGAGUGGAUUCCGCAACGGAUACAAACAUAUAAUGGCAGUGAUCUCAGCUGAUGCAUGGACUGGUACUGCUGUGAUCGGUAGCUCUCUACCUCAACAAAUUCAAAGAAAGUACAACAUGCCUAAAACGAACUCUUUUUUGAGGUCUUCGCAAUUGGACUCGGCUCCAAAUCGGUACAGAACCAAGCAUCUGCCCUGCAAGCAACUAUCAGGAGCCCCAAGUAAUGUCUUCUAUUCGUUCAACAGCGAUCAACUGCAAGUUCGUGACGCAAUGGCUUUACCAGAAUGGAUGCCCAACAUUGGCAUGCCUACGACAACGGCGGCACCUCCUCAGCCACUCCCAACUCAGGACAUCACAGUGCCUUGCACUUUGGCAUCACUUAAUUAUGAUGUCUAUUUGGUCGUUGAUACGUCAUCCGCUAUCAGUGCUAGCGAUUUCGCUCAGCUGAAACAAAUGCUGCUCGAUUUUGUGAGUCCAUUUGCGAUCGGCGACGGUAAGACUCAGUUCGCCCUGGUAGCCACCGCCAUCGACUCCGAGCUCUACGGCACUGCAUUCCACUCAGGGCAAGACAGGUGA